AUGAACUCUGAUUCAAAUUCUUCUAGUUCAUCUAGUUCAGGGUUAUUUGACUACAUGGUGAACGACUUUGUAGAGUGGCAUGAAUCAAUUACUGAAAGGCGAAAAGAAGAUGAAUUGAUCGAGGAAGCGAUCUAUGCAUCUGUUGUUCCCCUGGUAACCUCUACUUAUCAGGUCCCCUUCACUCCUGAACCUACGUACCAAAGGGGGUAUGUACCAAGAGAUCGAGAAGAUGCUGAUGUACGACUAUAUAACGACUACUUUAGUCCCCGACCAUUGUACACAGACGAUAUGUUUCGCCGACGAUUUCGCAUGCGUAAAAAUGUGUUCACACGCAUUGUUAACCAGUUAAGAGAAAGUAAUGUUUACUUUCAACAAAGGCCAGAUGCCACCGGAAUACUAGGUGCAUCCCCCCUCCAAAAAUGCACUGCAGCAAUUCGAAUGUUAGCAUACGGUACAUCAGCCGAUGCAGUUGACAAAUAUCUUAAACUCGCAUCAAGUAUUGCAAGGGAAUGUCUCUCUCACUUUGUUGAAGGGGUCGUCUCUGAAUUUGGACCGGGGUACUUGAGGAGGGAGAAUACUACGGAUACUGAGCGACUCCUCCGCGAAAGUCAUAUUCGUGGAUUUCCUGGCAUAUACGAUGGGAAGCAUUGA